AUGGAGCUGUAUGAGUGCGAGGACGCCGUGCAGGUGGCGCUGCAGCAGCGACGGCCACAGCACAUUUUCCUGGCCCAACAACAUCGUGAAGGCAAGAGCGCCGUGCCCGCCAUUGACUUUGUGUGUCUCGAUUGCCGUGAUGACGGCCCCGAGGGCAACGCCCGCGCCUUCUUCUCGGCGCCACCACCCACCGUCGUCUUCUGUGCCAACCGCCUGCACUCCGUGCGGGAGGUGGAGGAGACCAUGGUACAUGAGCUUAUCCACGCCUACGAUUUUACUGUGCGCAAGAUGGACAUCACCAAGUCGGACAUCUUGGCCUGCAGUGAGAUCCGAUCGGCGCGUGAGUCCGAGUGUUAUCAGAAAGCCAAGUUACUGGAGACUGUGCUGCCGGACGUCGAGUUCUUCAAGAAGAGUGCUCGCUGGCUCAACUCGCGAUGUGUUCGUGAACACGCUGUUCGAUCUACGAGUUCCAUGUUCCCUGCGGAGGCGCAUGAUGAGGUUGACAAGAUGUUCGAGCAAUGCUAUGCUGACCUCAGUCCUUUUAAAAAGGAGUAA